GCAAAGCGAGCCGCGCGCCUCGGUCGCCACCGCAUCGGAUCGGGGGGAGCAGAGCAUCCGCCACAGAGAGGAGAGGAGGGGGAGCCGCGGCCAUGAUGAUGUCGUCGUCCAUGGCCGGCGCGGGCUCCUCGGAGCUGAUCUACCGCGGCCACGACGCGCAGGAGGCGGUGGCGGAGGAAGCAGCAGGCGCCGGGUACUCGUCGGCCAAGCCGCCGCCGCACGGCAGGGGGGCGCCGCUGCCGUGGCUGGCGCGGCCGCUCCGGUACGUGAUGGGCGAGCAGCGCCUGGUGUUCGCGCUCCUCGGCAUGGCGCUCGCCUCGCUCGUCUUCCUCCUCGCGCCCUCCGCCAGCUCCACCACGGGCGGCGGCAGCACCAGCAGCAGCGUGGCGCACCUCGCGGCGGCGGGCCUGGCGGCGCGGCAGUACAGCAGCGGCAGGUCCGGCGCCGCGGUGUCGUCGUCGCGCGUCGCCGUCCGCCCCGGGCGCGUGCCGCUGGGCCUGAAGCGCAAGGGCCUGCGCGUGGUGGUCACCGGCGGCGCCGGGUUCGUGGGCAGCCACCUGGUGGACCGCCUCCUGGCGCGCGGCGACAGCGUGAUCGUGGUGGACAACCUGUUCACGGGGCGCAAGGAGAACGUGCUCCACCACGCCGGGAACCCCAACUUCGAGAUGAUCCGGCACGACGUGGUGGAGCCGAUCCUGCUGGAGGUGGACCAGAUCUACCACCUGGCGUGCCCGGCGUCGCCCGUGCACUACAAGCACAACCCCGUGAAGACGAUCAAGACCAACGUGGUGGGCACGCUCAACAUGCUGGGGCUCGCCAAGCGCGUCGGCGCCCGGUUCCUCCUCACCAGCACCAGCGAGGUCUACGGCGACCCGCUGCAGCACCCGCAGGUCGAGACAUACUGGGGAAACGUCAACCCAAUCGGUGUGCGGAGCUGCUACGACGAGGGGAAGCGGACGGCGGAGACGCUCACCAUGGACUACCACCGCGGCGCCAACCUCGAGGUUCGGAUCGCUCGGAUCUUCAACACCUACGGGCCGCGCAUGUGCAUCGACGACGGCCGCGUCGUCAGCAACUUCGUCGCUCAGGCGCUGAGGAAGGAGCCCCUGACGGUGUACGGCGACGGCAAGCAGACGAGGAGCUUCCAGUACGUCUCCGAUCUGGUUGAGGGCCUGAUGAAGCUGAUGGAGGGCGAGCACGUGGGCCCCUUCAACCUGGGGAACCCCGGCGAGUUCACCAUGCUGGAGCUGGCCAAGGUGGUGCAGGACACCAUCGACCCCAACGCGCGCAUCGAGUUCCGCCCCAACACCGCCGACGACCCGCACAAGCGCAAGCCCGACAUCAGCCGCGCCAAGGAGCUGCUCGGCUGGGAGCCCAAGAUCUCGCUCAAGAAGGGCCUGCCGCUCAUGGUCCAGGACUUCCGCAACCGCAUCUUCGGUGACCAGAAGGACGCCGGCGACAACUGAUGAUGAUCGAGCUAGCUGCUGCAUUGUUCGUGUUUCGUUUCAGUCGUACGUAUAGCUAGAGGAAUGAUGAUCAAGUUGAUGAAGGCCGGGACAGAUACUGGGAAUCCGAUCCGUGACCGGAAUUGAAGCAACCAAGGAUCGAUGAUGAUCGAUCGAUACGUGUGUGUAGGAUAUAUAGUUAACUAGGAUCUGCUGCAUAAGCAUCAUACAGAUCGAGGAUACAUGUAGCUGCUGGUACGUGCUGCUGCUGCUGCUGCUAGAACCCAUGAUGAGCCAUUGCCAGCACCAGGAGGUCGAGGCCCGGCCUCCUCGCGACGACUAUGCCGCCGACCUUCAUGUUCUUUAAUUUUUAGUCACUUUUGUUAGUAGCCGCGAGUUGAUUCUUUCUUGGUUUUUCAUGUGUUUUUUUCUUGUUUCUUGGAAGAAAUGUAUCUUGUGAUCUUCUUAGCCCU